UUAAGUCGCCCAACACAUCCGGACAAGCAUUUCAAGGGAUGGCAAUCCUGGUAGACCAAAACACCAUUGUGUUCCCGACAGCGGUCAGAAAUAACCUAUACAGCCAGAAAACCCUGACCGCUGUAACUUCCUACAAAUUAACGGGUACCCUUGAUACCUCCCUCACCGUCAGCAACACAACUUUGAAGCAGCUUGGUACAAACUUGUGGUCCGCCAAACUCAGUAGUCCAGUAACAUUCGACAAGUCCUGUGUCCUCCCCUCUUGCAUCGUCAACAGCACAACCGCUCAGUCCGACCUUGACUUCACUAAAUGCAAAAUUGUGGGCGCAGGAGUAACAGACAAUACCAUUACAACAAACAUGGUGUACGCAACAAACGUGCAAGAAAUACCUGUGUCUAUAGUCUCGACAAAUAUCACCGCACAGCAGCUGACUGUUACACGAACUGACGGCUUCCCCUACCCCAGCUGCUUCAAGACGCAGGUUCCCCAAUCAUCUGCCCUGCACUGGACACUGGCGAGUGGGUUACAGUAGGACAGCUGGAUGGCAGUGGUGUCUACAAAUGCACCACCAUUCAAACUCCGAAACAGUUUCACAACAUGGAGCUUCCUUUACCCCAGUGUCUACUCACAGCUCAAAACCUAUCAGGCCGCCUCCCCUUAAAGAACAGCGCGUCUGCAUGAAAACGAGGAUGCCCCAGAUACUUUGAUUUAAUCUCAACGACAUCUUAGGUUGGCAGCCGACAAAUUAUUGCUACUAUUUUAAUGAAUAAUUUGUCAACAGGAUUAGAGACGCAGUUUAACACACGACGCAUACAAGAUGUGCCUUUGUGCGUUUUGUACAAUCUUUGUUCUGCACCAGACACACAAAUCCGAUGCCAAAAGUAAAAAACUAAAAAGACGAUCGAGAUAUAUGGACGAUGCUCGCUGUCAACGAACAGCUGACCAGGCGACGACAUCUGAAUAAGCAGCGACACUAUUAAUUUUAAGCAAGGUUCGGCGUUUGUUUCUUAUAUAUUACUCACGAAUACUAAUAAAUACGUUUUGCGCACGUGCACUCGUAUAACAAGCACAUACACGCAGAUAUUGGAAGUCUCGAAGAAUCCUCGCCAGGAAAUGAACUGAAAUAAAUUACAUAAUGUUGUUAAAAAUUAAAUUCCUGUAUGUGGCGCAUCCUUGACAUUAUUUCUCAUGCUGUUCAAUCAUGAAUUUUUUUUUUUUUUCAAUGUCGCAUAUCCACAGCUCUAUGCGGCUCUUCCGAGAAAUGCAUUGGCAACAUCAGGUUCCAAUUUUAGAAAUAAAAGCGACAUAAUUCGAGACUCUAAAAUGUUUACCACCGUAAGCAGACAGGAAUCAGCAUAUUUAACAUUGAUUUACACCCACUGUAUGAGAUAGAAAAAUGUUAUAGUGGUGAAGGUGAACUUUACUGCGGUUGCCUCUCUUGGACUGAAUUUAUGCUACCAACCGAUCAGUUACACCGGUAUUCUUCCGUUUGAAGAAUGUCGGUUUUUUUUUUUAUCAGUGAGCAACUCUGAAGAAAUCAGCGUAGCUUGAGAGGACAUUUAUGUUCAUGUCACGACUUUGAACUGUUUGCAGCCUCACUUGGGUGUAGGGUGAGACGAUACAAUUCUCGAUCAGAGAAAAGUAAACUAAGGUUGUUUCUGAUUUUGCAGCACCAUGUACAAAUGUAUAUAGCACGUUUUGUCUUUCAGGGUUAAAGUUAUUGCACUGUGAUUCAUGUCUUGUGAUCAGCUCUGGCAAAUAUGUUUGACGAUUAAACCUUCUGACAUUUACUCCUGAA